AUGAUACGGACCACGGCGCACCACCGCGGGCACGGUGGCCUGGGCAAACACGACCGGGCCCAUUAUGGCAUGCCGGCGCCCAGAGGGGGCAGGGAGGGGCCGGGCCUGCGGGUGCUGAGCCGGCCAGCAUCGGUCGACGACCCAGGGCGGACGGACCGGCCGGCGGGCCUCCGGCAAAAGGACGUUUUCCUGGGCUUUGAGUUUCCAUAUCCUGAGCAGGAAAACCAUGCCCCUGGGUCUGAACGGGUGAAGAAGCAGAACCGUGACCACAGGCGACACAGCCGGAGAGACAGGUUGAGGCAGCACAGAGGUAUUCUUUGAGGGGGGAUGGAGGGUUGCCUGUUCAGGGAAGUUUUUAAUAUUUAAUGCUGUACAGUGGUACCUCGGGUUACAUACGCUUCAGGUUACAUACGCUUCAGGUUACAGACUCUUCUAAUAUGAUGUUAGCUGUUCUCGGCUUUGGCCGGGGAGGGCGAGAUACAAUUAUUAUUAUUAUUAUUAUUGUUAUUGUUAUUAUUAUUAUUUUAAAGCCAUCCAAGCGGAUGGCCAUUGCUGCCUCCUGCAGGAGGGAGUUCCACAGUUUAACUGGAAAAGUAUUUUCCCCCCUCCUGUCCUGAACCUUCCAACAUUCAACUUCAACGCAGGAAGGGCGUUAUUAUUUUCUCUCAUUACGACAUUAUGUAUUUUUGUGCUUUUAUAUUGUAAACUGCCCCGUGAUGCUCGGAUGGAGGGUGGAAUAGAAAUUUAUCAAGUAAUAAAAAGAAUAAUGGGAUGCCAUCGGGUUCUUGCACUAUGAGAGAGGGAAAAUAAACUUUUCUGCGUCCAUUUGUUCUUUUCGCUCUGAUUUCGCACUCUCCACCUCCUGCAGGAAAAGCUUCUGACCCGGGUCCAAGCGCCCUGUACAAGAAACCCGAAAGCUUUGAGGAGCAGCUUCAGACCCUUCACGGCGGGGAAGGGUCUUCGGCCGGCUUGCCUCCCACCUCCUUCCUGGGCCCCACGGUAAAGGCAUCCACUGAGGAGCCCCCUGCCCUCCACGCAACGUCCGCCCGGCCUCGGGUGCGAGUCAGGCAGGAAGGCGACGUUAUGCCCACCCUGGACAUGACGCUCUUUGACUGGACUGACUACGAAGAUCUCCGGCCGGAUAUGUGGCCUUCGAUCCGGAAGAAAGGUGUGUCCUGUUUUAUCAUCUCCUUUUUGCGGGGUGGGUGGGGGUGUAGCUCAGAAGGUCCCGAUCCCUAGGGGACUCCAGGUUAUUUAUUUCACAAAAAAGUUAUGCCGCUUGAUUGCUUUUAAAAAAACCACCAAAAACACCCUCGAAGCGGUUUACGGAAAGAAUAAAACAAUAAACACCCAUACGGUGGUACCUUGGUUUUCAAACUUAAUCCGUUCCGGAAGUCCGUUCCAAAACCAAGGCGUGCUUUCCCAUAGAAAGUAAGGCAAAACAGAUUAAUCUUUUCCAGACUUUUAAAAACAACCCCUAAAACAGCAGUUUUAACAUGAAUUUUACUAUCUAAUGAGACCAUUGAUCCAUAAAAUGAAAGCAAUAAUCAAUGUACUAUAAAAUAAAUAAGACAGUAUUGUAGGUGAUAAAAAUUAAAAAAAUUUUUUUUCUUACCUGCACCGAUGAUAGUCAUUGUUCGGAUGGGGGGCUUUUAUCCAUUUCCGCAGUCAGUCAGUCAAUCAAUCAAUCAAUCAAUCAGUAGCUGAACUGGGUUCCACACAGUCACGAAAACAAAUGAACUGAAAAAGCCUUUAAAAAAAAAGCAAAAUAAAUAGCAAAAACAAAAGUGCCAAAUACAAUGGUACCUUGGUUCUCAAACUUAAUCCGUUCUGGAAGUCCGUUUGACUUCCAAUAUGUUUGAAAACCAAGACAUGGCUUCUGAUUGGUGCAGGAGCCCAAAAAACAAUAGCUGACAACCGCAUCGGACAUUUGGUUUCCGAAAAACGUUCGAAAACCGGAACACUUACUUUCAGGUUUUUGGCGUUUGGGAACCAAGGCAUUUGAGAACCAAGGCGUUUGAGAACCAAGGUACCACUGUACUCAAAAACAACUAUGGGAAACCUUCCCGAAAAUAAUUAAACUCGACAAUAAGCUAAAAACCGGAUUAAAACACACACCAGCUGGCCAGACGUACAGUGGAGGCACCUGCCUAACAUCAAUAGGCAGGGAGUUCCAAAGUAUACUAUCGAUGCUAAAAGAUUAGUUUCUUGCGGAAUUGCAACCAGGCCUGAGGGUCUCAUACGUGUGUGAACAACCUUCCUGGGCUCAUUUCCCGGCAGUGGGUGGGGCCAGAAUGAAAAGUGGGUGUGGCAAGAGGCAAAAGUGGGUGGGGCAAUGGAUGGGAAUCCUACCCAUGUAAAACGCAGGUCUUUAUACUCCACUAUCCCCCCCUUGGGACGCGGGUGGCGCUGUGGGUUAAACCACAGAGCCUAGGACUUGCCGAUCAGAAGGUCGGCGGUUCGAAUCCCUGCGACGGGGUGAGCUCCCGUUGAUCGGUCCCUGCUCCUGCCAACCUAGCAGUUCGAAAGCACGUCAAAGUGCAAGUAGAUAAAUAGGUACCGCUCCAGCGGGAAGGUAAACGGUGUUUCAAUCCGCUGCUCUGGUUCGUCAGAAGCAGCUUAGUCAUGCUGGCCACAUGACCCAGAAGCUGUACGCUGGCUCCCUCGGCCAGUAAAGCGAGAUGAGCACCGCAACCCCAGAGUCGGUCAUGACUGGACCCAAAGGUCAGGGGUCCCUUUACCUUUACCUUUACCCCCCCUUUCUCAUCCUUUCUUGCUUUCUCCCCCGCUAGACAAACAGCGUGGUAAGAAUGGGGGCAACGAAACCACCCCCGCCGAGGGAGAGUCCUGCGACCAUCACCUCGACUGCCUCCCAGGUGAGCAGCAGCUUUCAUGAGGACUAGCGCCGGUGGAGGCAAGCAGAAUUGUAUGUGGUGUCUUGAGCAGAGCAGGCCCUGCCUCCUGCCCCUCCUCAACCAAUCCAGAAGAGCAAAGACAUCCACACCACGGCUCAUUUCAAGCACAUAACUCCCCCCAAAGCACGCUGGGAACCGUAGUUUACCCCUCAUAGAGGCUCCCAGCACUCUUAACAAACUAUAGUACCCAGGAGUCUGUGACUCUAUCAGUGUGGGCGAUCCCAAUCUUCAGGCAUUGAGGGGGUUCCUGGUUGACGGAGACUGUGGUGUCUUUAGAUAUAUGGUUUUAUUUACACCUGCAACCUGAGCGUGGGAUGGAAGAGCUAAUGGCAUUAACAAGCCCAAAAGAUUCUUGCUUCCCCGUUAGGUUUCCAGGGGAGCACCCCAAGUCCGGCAUGGAGCAAGACAUUUGUGUGUCUCCAGCUUCCAGCACCGGCCAAAAAAACUCUCACGCAAAUCACAGUCCCCCUUGGCCUGUUGUUCUCCAUCUUAGGAUACAGUGGCUUCCAUCCAGGUGAGGUAGGAAAAGGCCCAGCUAUUUGUCUCCAUGGCAACAGAGCCCACUCUUUUGAGAUGAAAGUGGUGGGUACUUAGCUGAGCUGCUAAAGCUAUUCAUUAUCUUGACCGGACCUGGACCAAUUCUCCUGUAGAUUGUAGUCUCCCAUACGCAGGAUCACAACUUUAAUAAUAAUAAUAAUAAUAAUAAUAAUAAUAAUAAUAGUAUUUAUAUCCCACCCUCCCCAGCCGAAGCCGGGCUCAGAGCAGCUAACAACAAUAAAAGUAACACAGCAUUCUAAAAUCGAUAUUCUAAAAUCAAUUCAAAAUCAAAUGGCAACCACUGGGCCAGAGUUCUACGAGGAUCACCUUGGCCAAAGGCCUGGCGGAACAGCUCUGUCUUGCAGGCCCUGUGGCAAGAUGUCAUGCCCCGCAGGGCCCUGGUCUCUUGUGCCAGAGCGUUCCACCAGAUCGGGGCCACAGCUGAAAAAGCCCUGGCUCUGGUUGAGGCCAGAGAUCCCUUUGGCAGGGAUCCUCAGAGGUCAUCCAGACUGACCGCCCCCCCAAAAAACCCCCAUAACACUGUGGUCCGUACGCAGCUAGAGAAGAGAGUUUGGAUGCUUCUUAACUUCUUCCCUCCUUGAAUUGGCAGGAUGUUGCUGUGAUCUACGGGAGCACCUUUGCAAACCUCACAACCGCGGCCUUAACAACAAAUGCUACGAUGACUGUAUGUGCACAGAAGGUGAGGGCUGACGCUUGCCUGGUGGGAGAGGGUUGAAGCUGUCCCCCUCCCCAGUGACACAGCACUGGGGAGCGCCAGGAAACCGGGAAUUAUGUUUAUGUGUGGUGGGGGUGUAAAUAUGUACAAUUUUUCUGGCAUAGGGUGUUUAAGGAGAUAACAGAAAUCACUGGGUUCUAGAGCAGGCAUAGGCAAACUCGGCCCUCCAGAUCUUUUAGGACUACGACUCCCAUCAUCCCUAGCUAACAGGACCAGUGGUCAGGGAUGAUGGGAAUUGUAGUCCCAAAACAUCUAGAGGGCCGAGUUUGCCUUUGCCUGGUCUAGAGGUAGCAUUAUUAUCAAUUUACGAUGGCAUGGAAGGUUUGCAGGCUAUGAAGGACUUGCUCACAAAUUUAUUGACAGCUGCACGCAUUAUGAUAGCUAGGAAGCGGAAGGGGCAAGCAGAAUAUAAAAUGGAAUGAUGGUACAGUCAUACCUCAUGUUACGGACGCUUCAGGUUAUGUGUUUUCGGGUUGCGGACCGCGGGAAACCCGGAAGUACAGGAACGGGUUACUUCUGGGUUUUGCCAUUCACGCAUGCGCAAAAGCGCCAAAUCGCACCGGGGUUGCGGACGUGCCUCCAUCACGGAUUACAUCCACAACCCGAGGUUCCACUGUAUAAAGAGGUGUGGGAUAUAGCUAUGAAUGAUAAAUUAACAUGUGCCAUUAAGGUAAGACAGGGAGUAUGCAGGAGAAAUGAUUUUGAGGAGAUGUGGAAGGUGUUUGUCGAAUGUGUACUGUUAAAACGGAAAGGGGUCAAACCAUCGCAAGAGGUGUUGAAAUUUUGGGAGGUUGGCUAGUUACAAUGGAAUGGUCUCAGUGGUGGGGCGCACAUUUUUAUUCUUAUUUAUUUAUGAUUAUUACUUUGUCAAAAUAAAAUAAUCAUAACAAUAAAAGGGGAGAAAGGAGGGGGGAAGCACUGGGGAGCAAGCCUCUCCUAUGGGGUGCUCAGAUGAGUGAGGAGUUGCCAUCAGACACCGAGAGCGAGGCAGGGCCAGCGCAGCCACAGAGGCACCUGCUUAGGGGUGUCAGCCUCACUUUCAGACUGGCCUACCUUGCAGGGUGGUUGUGAAGAUAAAAAAUGUGUGGAGGGGAGGGAACGAUGCUUUUGAUUUAUUGACUGGAAAUUAGAUAUCCAGUUAGACCUUUUAAAUAUUCAAUAUCAGGGGUAUAAAUCUGUUUUUGUUUUCCUCGGGAGAAAGUUGAUUUCUCCUUGGGGUGAGGGAACGUUGAAUUUUUCUCAUCACAAAUUUGCCGUUCUCCUCACUCAAGGCCUCCCCCUCUCUCCCAAUUUAGGCCUACGCUGCUACGCCAAAUUUCACCGCAACCGCAGGGUGACCCGGCGAAAAGGACGCUGCGUGGAACCGGAGUCUGCUGAUGGAGAUCAAGGAUCCUUUAUUAAUGUCUAG